AUGCAUACACGGCCCAACUCCCUCAGUGCCCGGCCUACUGGCCUACCUCUGGGCUUUGCUCUGGCUGUCUCCUUUGGUACCCUGCAGGGGGCCUUCCAGCCCAAGAAUGAACCUGAGCUGCCACCACUGGCACGACUGGGGCCAGGGCUAAGUGGGCUUCACGGGCUUCCCCAAAAGGGGACACAGAUCCCCAACCAUUUCCGACCACCUUUAAGGAAACCAGGGAAGUGGCAUGCCACACACGAGGCUUACAUGAUCCUGAAAAACCAGGAAAAGAUGAAGGGUGACCCCUACAACCUUGACUUUCAGAACAACCUCUUGCCCUGCCUUCUCUGGCUGGAUGGGGCCCUGCACCCUGGGCAGGAACUCUUCCGCCCCGCCACCUCCCUCUUCACUGCGGCUGGUGCCAUCUACUCUGCAGCCAACCCUUUCACCGCAGCUCCCAGGGCCCAGGGAAGCUUUCUGAGCCCCAGCACCCACAUUGAUCCCUUUGGGCAUCCCACAAGCUUUGCCUCAUUGGCUGCCCUAAGGGCCUUUGGAGGCCUGGGCAGCCUCACAUUCAACUCCAGCAUCAUCUUUGCCCAGAAAGAAAGCCCAGGGCCUCCACCAACCUUCGCCUCCCCCCCAGACCCAUGGGGCCGCCUGCACCACAGUCCUCUGGCCUUUCCUGCUUGGGUCUGGCCCCCUGAGGCCGCCUGGACACCAGGCUCACACAAGGAACAGACUGUGGAGCAGAGAGAGCCCUCUAUCACCAAGGAGGAGGAAGACAGGGACCUCCCCUUCUCAGGGCCCCAGCUUGGAGUUUCUCCUGCUACUCCCAAGGCCUGGGCUGGCGAGGAAGGGGCCAGGCCCAAGGAAUCGGUGCGGGUAAAGGAAGAACGGAAGGAGGAGUCCAUCGCUGCCACCAUCGGGUCUCAGGGCCUUCACCCGCUGUUUGAGAGGCCCCGGACACCCCCCUUUCUGGGCCCUUGUCCCCCAGAGUGCUGUGCUGGCUUCCUGGAGCCAACCUGGUUGGCAAGCCCCCCUCACCUUGCUAGGCCACCCCGCUUCUAUGAGGCUGGCAAGGAGCUGACUGGACCAGGGGCCAUGGCUGCCACCCACCUCUACAUUCUGGAGCCUGCCCACCCCCUGCUAUACAGCCGCUUGGCUCCACCACUGCCACCUACUGUGGCCCUGGGAGCCCCUUACCUUCUCAGCAAGACCCCCCCAGGAGCCCUUUUGGGGACACCACCUCCACUUGUGCUGGUGCCACCUAGGGCCCCUGGCCCAGCCCAGGCUAACAGGUAA